UUCAUAAUAAACCCUAGGACCAGAAAAAAAGACAUUAAAAUUCAGAGUGCGCGCUUCCACCAUCGGCGGAAGAAAUGUCAGUUUCUGAGGAAAAUGCGAAUAUCCGAGACCACCAUCGGCGGUUGCUGGCGGCGAAAUACGAGCUGAGACGAAAUCUGUACAAAGCCCUCUGCAAGGACCCGAGCCUUCCCAGCGAUCUGCGCGAGGAGAGCCGCUUCAAGCUCUCCAAGCUGCCCAGAAACAGCUCCUUCACGCGCGUCAGGAACCGCUGCAUCUUCUCCGGUCGCGCACGCGCCGUCUACGAGACCUUCCGUAUGUCCCGUAUUGUCUUCCGUACUCUGGCAUCUAAAGGCAUGCUCAAUGGCAUCAAGAAAGCAUCUUGGUAGCCACCGAACCGGUGCGUUUCGAAGUUAUUCAUGUUAUUGUUUGCAAUUUUUCUGCUUCCGGAAGUGGGUUUUUUAAUAGAUCGAAAUGGUGUUUUGCUUGUAGCAUAUAGAUAAGGGUAUAAGCAUGUAGCAUCCAAAAUAAAUGUAUCUCCUUCUCUGUGUUUCGUUUUUUGGCCAGUUGUUUGAAUUUAAGUAUUCUACUACUUUGCUCUAAAUAAGUAUGACAACUUUAACUGAUGUCCAUUGUACCAUUUUUAAUGGAUUACUACGACACCCUAUGACUUGCA